AAGGCAACUCAACGCAUGAGAUUACCAGCAUCAUUUCAACAGACCAAUCAGGCUGGCCAUGGAACAUGCCCCCAACUUCGGAUAGUACGGCGCCACACCUGUUGCUCCAUAUGAUAGGCCCCCAGUUGUUUUGGUACAGCGUCGCAUGUGUGGCGGAAACUGUGCGUUGUCUGUGGCACAUAAUUCGGACAACCAUGGAAGCUCGGGCCCCAACCAGAGCUACCCACCACGACUACCGUGCCCCUCCAGAAACCCAAUUCCGACGGAGAUAGGCGAGUUGACCUGGCUGCAGACAAAGCGAGCAUCGGAUCAUCUGCUUCGAAACCGCCAUCAAGGCAUCGAGAUGAAAUGGCUGGUGAAAAUGGAUCUCUUGUCAGCAGCGACAUCUCGUCGUAUACCGCAGCCUUAUACGCGAAUGAGCUAAAGGAGUAUCCCUUUAGCCUUGACGCUCUGAGGAAAUGGAUGAUCGCUUUGUGAGUUUGAACUUGAGAGUCCCUACUUGUCUAAUCUCUACUUGCAAAAUUUGAGCGAACGGCGGGAUAGAAUGUGGACUAACGGAUGGCCACAGUGUUGUUUGCGAUUUUAAUGUCGAUAUAGGUGAGUCCAACAAUCGCUCCUCGUAUGGGCCUACGGAAUUCUGAUGGUUGUUUGUUUUGCUUUUAAGGGGUCGAGGUGGAAUACAUGUUCCCAUCAACAAACUUUUCACCGACAGACCUACAAACCAUAUGCUUUAGCAGGUUGGAUCAUUCAAUAAGUCCGUGGCAGCGCUCAUUGCUAAGCGGCACUGUAGCUUUCCUGAGCGAACGAGUUCGGAUACGACUGAAGACUCGGCCUUCCAUUUCAGGUUCCGUCACUCGUCCCCCUAUGUGUCGUGUCAGACCACAAACGAAGAUCCCGCCUACUGGUACGGCUUCUGCCUUUUCCGCCAACAGCGGGAUACAGCUGUCAAGAGAAAUUACCGCCAAAAAUCUCUCGUGCUAGUCUCUCAGCACGACUAUGCCCCAUUGUUUGCGUAUCUAAUAAAAACCAUAUCAUUGUUGGACUUUGAAGUUAGCCCGACUCUCAUAGAGUCCGCAUGCUCGAAUAUUGCAGCUUGGGGACCGCCUGAGGUUGGGUUGCAGGAAUUACCUUUCUUGGGGUCCUUGUUAGAUGUUCAUAUGUAUAUCCUUCCACCCUGUCACAGCGUGAUUCACGGCAUUGCGAGAUCUCUCCGUGGAUUGGGCAGACCUGGCUUUGUGUCACCCGUUGCCGGAGCUCUCAAUGCCGUGAGUGAUGCAGCCGAUCUCCCGGACUCUGGAGCCUUGAUUAGGUCUUGUGAACUUCCACUAAAUAAAUGUCAAUUGCUAGCCCUCCCCAUCCCGCAUUUCCAUUACAAGGACUCGUGACUGCAACCCCCUCGAGGACCGAUAUCAGGGUCGAGUACAAGGAAAUACACACCUCAGAACCCAUAGGCUCGUGGACCAGACUUGCAAAUCUGCUCAAUUCCAUCUCUGAGUUGUAUAUAAUUUUCGAGAGAGUCAGUUGCACCUUCCUUUGAGGUGGUAUGAGCUAGCGCUGACGCUCCUUUGGACAAUAGGUAUUAUUAUCCGAUCCUAUGGUAGUUUUGGCAGAUGAUCCAACAACGUGUAGUGAAUUUGUCUCUGCCGUGGUUGACCUUGUUCGUCCUGUAAGUUUUCGUUUGUGGUUUGGUUGUCAAUUAUUAUAUGGGUACCGAAGGCUUAUGUGUAAACAGAUACCAUUUGGAGGGGAUUGUAGGCCUUAUCUUACAAUGCAAUCAGGUAUGCUCGUAUCCGGGAUAUUAUCCUGUUACUGGCCUUUUUUAGGAUUCAUGGCCGUUGACUAGUUCUAGACUUUUCCUUGAAUGCACAUGAGGGGGUGAGUUAUUUCCUAUUGGGGGCAGUGGGCAUUGCUUACCAGUUUGCAAUAGAUUCCCCUUCGCCACUACUUGAUAGGUAUGGGAUGCUAGGCCCCUGAGUGUCCUGCACCGGAGCUAACCGUUCGCCUCUAGGCAUCACAAACCCAUUCUUCCUGAAGAGGUUAUUAUCCAACGGGAAAGAAAACAAAACCCCCUAUGUAGUCUAUCUAGCGGGCCCGGAAGUCAAGUGGGCCCUCCUCCCCAAUUGGAUCAAUUGAUUCCCGGCUAAUAUCUUGCCUAGGCGGAAACACCACCUGCACUUCUACUCUUCUAUCACUGAACGCGAUCAUCCGAAUAACAUGAUCGUCAAUGAUGCCAAGGCUUUCAUAGAAAAAGAUCAUGAAUUUCUCAGAGUGCUUGAGAAUCAGCUCAAAGACCCCAGGACAACUCGUGAGCAUUCCAACUAUGCUGGCCUCCGGGCUUCUGGUACAAGGUAUUCCAUCUGAUAAUUACACCUUACAGCUCUUGAAUGUGGAAGAUUUAUUAGGCGGCAUUUUGCCCACUUGGCCGCGAUGUUUCUGGCGCCUUUGAAUAGAUACUUGGCGACCCUUGCUUCGAAAUCCUCAGACUCGAAUAUAAUAGACAUAGCUGGCUUCUCCGAGGGCGACUUCCUCGCCAGCCUCUCAAAGCACGGAUGUUCGGUGCAGUUCAAAGGCAAGACUGGGUAUCACCGUCACAGGACGGCAGAGGCUUUUUACCGCAAAUUUUGUCGAAGCCCAAGCUUCUUCAGGUGGCUUGAGAUGAAGAUGAGAUUGCAGCAGGAGCCUUUGGAGGUUAUCGGGACAAGCUCAGUGAGCGGAUAUGGAGAGAAGACCGAGCAAGAUUAG